AUGCAAGACAUCGAAGAGGCCACUGUCAUCUUUCGCAAGUCCAAUGUGAAGGCCAAGUGGCUGGCAAAGGAUCGUCUAUCUCUGCUGCAACUCGCAGAAAAGUCGGGGCUGACUCCUGACUACGGCUGUCGGUCCGGGGCGUGUGGAACGUGUGAAGUCAAGCUCUUGAAGGGAAACAUCGACGGGAUCUUGGAAGGAGAUGAUGGUGUUCUCAUUUGCAGCUCUGUCCCAGCAAGCAUUGAAGUCGAGCUUGAACUGUGA